AUGUCUGAUCGAGGCUACAGUGGCGGUCGCGGCGGCCGUGGUGGAGGUGGCGGUCGCGGUCGCGGAGACUUCCAAGGAAGCUUCCGAGGAAGUAGAGGAUCCGGCCCGGAUCGUGGUGGCAGAGGAGGGCCUCGAGGCGGCCGGGGAGGAACACCUGCGAACGACUCGAGGUCGAAAGUUUUCAGUAUCGAUGGCCGGAUUCCUAGUCCCGAUCAAACAGUCACGGAGCUGGAAAACAACAUCAUCCGCAAGAACGAAUCAGCUUUCAAGCAACUCACCGCAAAAAUGGGCGCCUUGACUGUCCAGCAGAAGGCAGCCAGCCUGGAUACUUUCCCCGAGAGACCAGCAUUCGGGUCCAGUGGCAAGUCCGUUGUGCUUUGGGCAAACUAUUUCCCAGUCCACUUCAAGAUUCCAGUUGUCUACAGAUACGUCCUAAAAGUGACGGAAGAUAUUGCCUCUGUUGUCAAAGGCAAAGAGAAAACGGAAGCUAAGGAUGUCAAGGGCCGAAAGCUUGGUCUUGCCAUCCAGCAUAUUUUGAGACAAAUCCUCUCUACAGAUAAGAACCUAGCUCUGGCAUCUCAGUUCAAGGACCAGAUAAUUUCGGAUAGACCAUUGGACAUACCUAGCAACCCCAUGAGGAUCAACAUUCCGGCUGAAAGUGAUGAUCGCGAACCCGACGUCGUCAACAUCCUAAUUGAAGGGCCUACCGAGGUAUGUGUAUCAGAAAUGAUGUCUUACACGCGUACUAUGGAUGAUAAUGGCGACAGAAACACCUAUCCAAAGUUUCCAGAGAUGGUUGACGCCUUGAAUAUCAUUCUUGGCCAUGACGCGCGUUCGAAACUAGGCGAAGUCACGGCCGUUGGCGGUUCUCGUUUUUUCCCCUUCAACAAGUAUGCAACCACCGCCAGUCUGCAACAAGACUAUCGCACUCUUGUUGCUGCGCGUGGGUUCUUUCAAUCAGCUCGACUAGCUACCGGUCGACUCCUUUUGAACACCAACGUCACUCACGGUGUCUUCCGAGUUGCUGGCAAAAUGGAUCAAGUCAUGAAGUCCCUCGGCAUUCAGCAGGCGGCUCGUGAUGAUUACAGGUUAAAGAGGCUUGUGGGUGCCUUUGCCAAGUUCUUGCCCAGGGCCAAAGUGUGGGUAACUUUCACUACAGCUGAUGGCACCAAAGUCCGGAGAAGCAAGACUCUUCAGGGCAUUGUGACCAAGCUAACAGCAGCAACUGCUGAUGGGCCCAACCGUCCAACGAUCAACCCGGAGUAUGAGUAUCCGGGACCUAAGAAUGUUAGGUUCUGGCUCCAGGAAGAAAGCCGUUUCAUCACUGUAUUUGAUUACUACAAGAAGAAGUAUGGCAUGAACCUCCAGGACUUCCCUGUUCUCAACCUCGGUACCCCCAAACGUCCGACAUUCUUCCCGGCUGAAGUCGUUGAGAUCCAGCGUGGGCAAAGCAUCAAGGCAAAGCUCACUGGGGAGGAAACAACCGCCAUGCUCGCCUUCGCCUGCCGCACCCCGUACGAGAACGCGCUGUCCAUAUCUAGUGAUGCCCGACAAGUCCUGGAGUAUGACGACAAUGCAUCUCUUCGGAAGUUCGGAAUCUCUGUCGACAAGAGUCUUGUUACAGUCAACGGACGAGUCCUUAACGUUCCAGCUGUGGCCUACAUUGACGCCACUAAGAAGAAGAUCUCUGUGAACCCUUAUAAUGGAUCCUGGAAUAUGAAGGCCGUAAAAGUCGUCAAAAGGGGCGAAAUGAUUUCGCGAUGGACAUAUAUGAACUUGCUCUUCCGGGACAAUGAUAGACAAGUCGGUCUUGAGACAAUGGAGGACUUUGCCAAGUUUAUGGCUAAUGAUAUGGGCGUGAACAUCGCCAAGUCGCCUGUCAAGCUGCCUAAACAUUUCAUGACCAAAGAGGGCGCCCAGGACGGAGCAAGCCUGACAAAUUUCUUCGCAUGGGCUCAGGAGAACAGAAUCCAGCACAUCAUGUUUAUCCUGGGCCAGAAAGACGGCGGCGGCCUUUACACCAAGAUCAAGCGUCUAGGAGACUGCACGCAUGGCAUUCACACGAGUUGUCUCGUAGCUAAACACCUGUUCAAGGAGAAGAAUUUGUCCUACUACAGCAACGUCGGCCUCAAGAUUAAUCUCAAGUCUGGUGGUGUUAACCACAAGCUCAGCAAUGACUUUGGUCUCCUGAAGGAAGGCAAGACAAUGCUAGUCGGCUACGAUGUCACUCACCCAACUAACAUGAAUGUCGUCAAGGGCAACGAGCCUCCCAGCCUGGUUGGCCUCGUCGCUUCUGUGGACCAGGAUUUUGCUCAAUGGCCCGCCAUGGCAUGGGAACAGAAGUCCAAGCAGGAAAUGCUCGGCAGCACUCUUACCGAUGCCUUCAAGUCCCGCCUGGACCUGUGGCGAUCUAAAAACAACAAGAAUCUCCCAGAAUACAUCGUCAUUUUUCGCGAUGGCGUUUCCGAAGGCCAGUUCGCACAGGUUGUUGAGCAGGAGUUGCCCAUGAUCAGAGACGCGUGCCGCCAGACAUACCCAUCCGGCAAGCAGCCAAAGUUAUCCAUCAUCGUCUCCGUCAAGCGACAUCAGACGAGGUUUUACCCCACCAACACAGAAGACAUGUCCCGUUCCGGCAACGUCAAGAACGGCACUGUUGUCGACCGCGGCAUCACCCUGGCCCCGUACUGGGACUUUUACCUGACUGCACAUGAGGCCCUACAGGGAACGGCCCGGCCGGCACACUAUACUGUGCUGCUGGACGAGAUAUUCAGGUACAAGUACGGCGAGAAAGCGGCCAACGAGCUGGAGCGUCUGACUCAUGAGCUCUGCUACUUGUUCGGACGAGCCACCAAGGCUGUGAGCAUUUGCCCGCCAGCCUACUACGCUGACAUAGUAUGUGAGCGUGCUCGCGCCCAUCGUCCAGAAUACGAUGUGAGCGAUGUGGAGAGUGUCGCAACCUCUGCGUCGACGGACUCGUCAGUUGCAGCGGGCACGAGACAGGUUCACCGGUCGUUGAGGGAUAGCAUGUAUUAUAUCUGA